ACAACGUGCGAAUGGAAGGAGUGACAGAAUAACAAGACAGUGCAGUUGAGGUGUUCAAGUCUUUUUUUGGCAUCACCUCGGAAAGGGAGAGUCGCUGCCAGGGUCAACCUGUCAGGGUCCCAUACUACUCGCGGCUCUCCCGAAUAAUCAACGCCUCCUUGUCUGUUUCCGGGAUGGUGUUGUGCAUGCUGGUAUGGGAGGUUACACUAUGCCAGCUGAGAACAUAUGCCAUACGCAAGCCACCUUGCAACCCUAUAUACCCCUCAAAUCUCAGCCGUGUCGUUCAGUAUUGCACUGUAACCCAACGCAACUUUACACGAUCGUAUUCGCUUGGCGGAAUCUCGUACUGUGGAGCCCUACAUGUUGAAACCGGCAAUCUGCCGCUAGCGUGGCAUGCAAACGCGUUCUGCACGCAGCCAAGCCGUUAUCAUUACGCCCACACACCAUGGCUACUCUUGACACGAGCGUAGCUAGCGUAGUUGACCGCCACCACACGGACAUCAACGAUGAGGACGAGGAUGCAUUGUUCGCGGAACUAGAAGAUGAAUCCCAGGACCAUGCCUUCUCAGGUCUACGCGAGCGUAGGCUGGAGCAGCUUAAAGCAGAGCUGUCGCGGGCGAAGGUAUUGAAGGAGAGCCAACAUGGCACCUACGCCGAGAUCAAGGACGAGAAGCUGUUGAUGGACAUUACUACGUCCACGGCAGUAUGUAUCGUGCAUUUCCAGAAGCCCGACUUCGCUCGCUGCCGCAUUAUGGACGAGAAGCUUGGCGUGCUGGCUGAGCAGCACUAUGAAGCUCGGUUUGUGAGUAUCAACGUCGAGAACGCGCCAUUUCUUGUGGUCAAGCUUGGCAUUCAAGUUCUGCCGUGUGUGAUAGCCUUCAGAGACGGCGUGAGUGCGGACCGCAUUGUGGGCUUCGAAGGCAUUGGUUACAAGCCCGACAGUUUCACGGCCAGAGAGCUGGAGGCAAGGCUGUUGGGCAGUGGAGUGCUUACGAGAGCGAAAGUGGGCAACGGAGUUCAUGGUGGUGCGCGUAAGAAGCAAACGCAGUACGAAGAAGCAGAAGAUGAUGACGACGACUUCGACUGA